AUGGCCGACUCUGAUGGCGAGUAUGUCGAGGAUCUUUCCGACGAUGAACUGCACGAUCACCGCCCCGCUGAGGCAGGUCCUCACGGCGCCCGCUCCAAGGCCGGCGCCGGCAAGAAGCGCGAUGGAAAGAAGGGAAAGAAGGGCUCCUCUCGCCAUACCAAGGCCGCAUGGGAGGACAUCCAGCGCUCGUGGGAAAAUGUCGUCGAGACAGAAGAUGGUAGCAUCACAAUUGAGGCCCUCAUCGAGGCAGAAAAGCGCCGCCGCUUGAUGCGCGACACCACACCGCUGCAGAGAGGAAUCAUCCGUCAUCUGGUGCUGGUGCUCGACAUGAGCUUUGCCAUGGCCGAGAAGGACUUGCUGCCGAACCGCUAUCUGUUGACCCUCAACUACGCCGUGGAUUUCGUGAGGGAAUACUUUGAGCAGAACCCCAUCAGCCAAAUGGGUAUCAUUGCCAUGCGCGACGGCAUUGCUGUUCGCGUCAGUGACAUGAGCGGGAACCCGGCCGACCAUAUUGAGAGGUUGAGGUUUUGGGCAGAGCAUCAGGAGCCUCAGGGUAACCCGAGUCUGCAGAACGCCUUGGAGAUGUGUCGCGGUGCUCUCUACCACACCCCUUCCCACGGUACCCGCGAAGUCCUAAUCGUCUACGGCGCCCUGCUAUCUAGCGACCCCGGCGAUAUCCAUGAAACAAUCUCUAACCUAGUCAAGGACCGAAUUCGCGUCACUGUCGUCGGACUAGCAGCCCAGGUUGCCGUCUGCGCCGAGCUCUGUACCCGCACUAAUCACGGCGAUGACUCGACCUAUGCUGUCGCUCUGCACGAGCAACACUUCCGCGAGCUGUUCCUGGCGGCUACGAUUCCGCCGCCAGCCACAGCAUCAUCCGCAACAGACAAGAACGGGGCCAAUGGCAACGCGAAUGCGGCUUCCACAGAUGCGUCGCUUCUCAUGAUGGGCUUCCCUUCACGCACACUCGCAUCUGCCAGCCACGUCUCCCUCUGUGCCUGCCACAGCAGACCUUCGCGUGAGGGAUACCUCUGCACGCGCUGUCGCGCCAAAGUGUGCCGGUUGCCUGCUGAAUGCCCAGCCUGUGGUCUCACCCUGAUCCUAAGCACCCACUUGGCGCGCUCCUAUCACCAUCUCUUCCCUCUGAAAGGCUGGGUUGAGGUGUCCUGGGCAGAGGCACGCAAGAGCAAACAGGUUGGGUGCUUUGCUUGCUUGGCGCCAUUUCCCCUGCCUCCGGCUCCAGGCUCUGAGAAAACAGGGAAAGAGCCGACACAAAAGACACAAGGGCAAGCACAGCAACCCCCGCAGGAGCGGCAAGGGUCGUCGUCGAACAGUAACAAUGCAAAGAAGACGACUGGUAUCUCCCUCGCGACUGCUCUGCCUGAGGCGAGAGCGGUCGGAGUCAGCGAAAGUGGCCGCUAUAAGUGCCCUACGUGUGGAAAGCACUUCUGCAUCGACUGCGAUGUAUUUGCGCAUGAGGUCAUUCACAAUUGCCCCGGAUGCCAGGCUGACAUGCGACCAAAGCAGGACGCAAGCAGCAACAAUAUUGGCCCGGCCAAUGGGCUUAAUAAUGUUGUGGAUGGGGAUGCUAUGGUGCUCGACUGA